CUUCGAUUAUUUUAAAUACCGAGAUUACCCUUGUAUAAUCACCGUAGAGUGUAGCUCAGGGCGCGUUUUUAUUAAAAAAAUACUAUCGCGUGUGAUAGAGAGAUCUGAACUGAAAGUUGCGUCUUCUUGAUCUGAGUGAGUGAGGCCAUGGCAGGGUCUGGGAGUUCCAUGACGUAUUCCUUUCUUUUAUUCAUUGUCAUCCUCUCACUUCAAGAAAUGUACCGUGGGAAACUUGCAUCGUCUGAACUAUACACAAUACUUGGAGGGUUCACCAGCUCUCUCUUAUUUCUUGUGCUCCUAACUUUCAUUGGAAAUUUUCAGGAAUCAGCAGGUGCAAAAACUGGCUGGGGUGCUGUCAUAGUAGCAGAAGUAGUUGCUUUGAUUGCUGCAAGCACUGUCCACCGAGUAUGCACUACUACAUGUUUUCUGUUCUCGGCUGUAUUGCUCUAUGAGGUUAACAAGCUCUCUGGAUCAGCGGUUUCAACAACCGACUCCAGAACAAAAAAGCAAAGUGGGAGAGCUUAAUCAUUUUGUAUGAUUACUGUCAGGGCAUAUAUAGAGAAUUUUCCCUAGUCGCGCGAUAGUCUUACAGCCCUAGUAUCAGAACUUAUAAGAUGAGCAUUUUAUGAUUUAUCUUGACACUUCAUUUUACAAUUACAAUGGUAUAAUGGUAUGAUUUGAAAGAUGUGCAUUUAACUAAAAUUCAAUCAGUCAUUUUUUAUCACAA